CAUUGAUCGAGUAAGGCUUAAGUUUUCUGCAGAGCGAAAAAGACAGAAAGAAAUCGCACAGCCACGACAGAGAGCGGGAGAGGCAGAGUGUGCGCGUUUGUGCCUAGGAGACACGCAAUGCGGCUCGUAUGAAUGUGUUGUAAAAUUCUGACCCAUAUAAAUCUUUUUCCAACUGCUCCAGGCCUCCACUGACUUAGAAUCUUCUAACUACGUAUACUACAUCACGCACCGCCUGUACGCACUGCUUUCCUUGUCUCCUUGGUGCAAGCUUUUCAAGCUGACAACGAACAAAAAAUGACCAAGUGUCUCACCUUGACGUGCAGCUUCUCCAUCGUCAAUACUAAUGUACGUACCAAGCGCGGCACGGCAUCUUGACUACGCGACAAGAGCGCAGCUGCAGCAACGCAAGCUACGUCUUCUACUCGAAGUGGAACACAGAUUACCUGCGGACACUAGCACAGACACACAGCUUCUAACACAACAAGUUCUUCUUCGAACAUUAUAACGCAUCAUGAAGAAAAUUUUCUGAAUUAGUUAUUCUCAUCAUCACACAACCAAGGGGUAUGUAGUACAUGGUUUAGAUGUAAGCCCCAGACCGUCGGACAAGGUCCACCAGCGCACUACAAGUGUGUCGUGGUGCAACUACUUCGACACGGCAUCCCGACGACCGCCGCAGCAUUUGGCGCAGAGAACUCAAUACCAAAUACGAACUUUUGGACCGCACUAGACCAGUAUCGAGUGCAAAUAUGUCUGGGUCUGGAACAGUGCAGAAGUUUGUCACGCAGCUUGUCCAUGCCCUCUAUACAACAGGUAUGAUAAUAUGUGGAAUGCAGGGGCUAGCAUCACAGAUUCGACGGCGGGAACGCGUUAGCAAUGCCUACACUUCUGCAUGAAAAGUAACACCCAAUUCAGCAUGGCCAGGAAUAGCAUCAUUCAUCGCAACGCAUGCCAGACAAAUUGAAAUUUUUGUGUGACCGGCACCAGGACGCGUCACAAGUGUGCGCUUUGAUAUCUCCAGACCCAGGUCGAUAUUUCCCACGCAGAGCCCGCAUGUCGAAGCAAUUUCAGGUGUUCGACGUCGGGGGCGACGUGUUUACUCUGUCCGUCACCAUCGCGGACGGGAAGGUGCUGCAGAGCACCUACUUCACCCCGGAGGAGGGCAUUUUCCUGAAGGAGGCGAUCCGCAACAAAAAGAUCGACGUGGUCACGGGGUUGAACCUGCAGAUCUACCUGCGCACGGUGUACGACCCGGCCACCAUGGCCACCGCGAAAAUGUACGAGAGCGGGGACGUGCCCAUGAGCCAGGUGGCCAAGGCGCGCAAGAGUACGAAAUUCGUCAUGUUUCUGCCCGGUUGGCGGACGGACGAAAAUUUGACCACCAGCUGGUGCUGGAUGAAGUUCGCCCCGCACCUGGUGAAGAACAACUUCAACUGCAUCUUCCUGGAUCUCCCGGGGUUUUCCAAGUCCACCGUGGGCUCCAUGAGCCGCUGCUCGCCGGACAAGUGGAAAAGUUUCGACGUGGACGUGAUCCGGGUGGUGCUGGAAACGCUUAAAAUUCCCCGCGUGCACCUCUGCUCCUGGGGAGACAGCGCCAACAUGGUGCUCAACUGCCUCAAAAAAAUCCCCAAGAUGCUCGCGGUACGCCACAUCAUGCUCUAUCCCAUGACUAAAAACGUCUCCACCCCAUGAUUGUCCGUGAUUGGUAUCAAUCUCUGCAGCACAAAUAAUUUGGGAGUCACCCACGCGCGACACGUUUUGCGCUCGAUUGUAGUGUAGGUUAGCAAGGACAACCGCGUCACAAAUAAAGCCAUCUCCUUGCUCUAUUUGCAGGAUCGUUACAGGGCAAAAAUACGACUGAAAAUACUCUUCUGUUCUUGGGCGGGAUGCGCGUUGCACGUGUUCCAGCAAUUGCAGAUCUGCAUGACAGCGCAGGCCUAGGGCAGAGGUGGGGUGCAAAUUGUAGUACUGCAAUUCCUCCUUCAGCAUGACAACAACUCUGGAUAUUUAUGGGACGUUUUUACACAGGAUACGUUCGCACCCAUCCUCACCGGCUACGACCUACCAGAGUGCACAGCUCCCCCUCCCCCUCAUUUGGCAUGCACAACACAUUAACUCGCCCACCCCUUGCCUUUUAGCACUGCCUGCAUCACAGGUUACGGAACCAUAAAAAGGACUACAGUCCAUGUGUGGAUUUAACAUGCAGACACUGCAUUCGCGUCCGGUCCUUGCUCCUGUUGCUGCUCAAGGCAUUCAUUCAUAUCAUUGAGCGGGAGGGGGAGUUGUGCACUCGGAUACGACGUCGACACGGUAUCGAAACUCUUGUUGCAGACCGCGAACACGGUAUUCCUCGCGCACGACCCGAAAACCUACGGCGAUAAGUCGCGCGAGGUUAUCAUGUUCAAGGUCUCCGACACACUGGCGAUCUUUGAGGAAAUCGCAAAACGGUCCAAACUCCUGGCCCACCAGAUCAAGUUUGGCACGCUCACGGCCAGCGAUCUGAAGCGCGUGAUUCUCUCCGAGUCGCCGGAUCCGGGCUUGCCCUCCGUCUGUGGUUUGGUCCCGAGCAAGUACUUCCUCGUGUACACGUGCGAGUUCCUCUCCGGCACCAACGUCGAGGUGUAUAACUCCCAGGACCUUCUCGGCCGGCUCGACUACCUGGAAAGGCUCAAGCAGCACAUGAGAAAACAACAAGACAAGAUGGCACUCAUGGCGGUAAGUAUGUAAUGCUUAUCUUUCAUCGCCCGAGCCGCUUUUGCUUUUCUCUUCUUACGAUCGGCAUCGGCAAUCAUGCAAAAUAGAUUCGCCGAAGAUGAUGGGCAAGCAUGACAACUAACUUCAAGGCAGUCGUGUGUAGUAAGUACUUACUUCCCGACUGCUGUUUCAUUUUCUCAUCGAGACAUCAUACUAAACAACAGGAUAAGCAAAUGACGGACUCGCAAUUGGCUGUUUUCCAGCGGUUUCAACAGCAGGAGCAGAAUUUCGGAGCCGAGGCGAUGAUGAACGUGCAACACAAGGAGACACAAGAUGAAAAAUACAAGCGGUUGUCCUUCUGGAAACUUAAGAAGACAACUCCGGAAUACAGUUUUGGCGUGCGGUAUCUUUUUGUUUUCGGUUGAUAUCAGCUGCACUUCUGGAGUGUUUUAUUUUGCGACUAGUGCAACUUCUGCGUUCCAAGUUAUUUAUUUGGCCCUAUUCCACUGCAUAUUAAUCGUGCGCUUUCUUUGUGUAAGUCGUUAUUUUUGAUGCUCGAAAAGCAGAUAUAAUUUUCGGAAAAACGACCCGCAGGGUACUGGAGCGGAAUCUCAUCGACGAGACGGAAAACGCCCUGGCAACCUCCUUGGACGAGUAUCUGGACACCUUCGGCGCCGAGGAAGACGAAUUCCUACGCGCGUGCGACGAUAGUGGGACAACGUAUCGCAAAGAGGCUAAGGAUGACCGGCUUACGGAACUGCGGUCCCGCGUGGAAGUAGAUCCCAUGGCGCAAUUGGCGAGCUGGCAGAAGGCAGCAGAAGACAGUUACCACCAGUUCCAGAUGGAGCAGCGCACAGGUUGGAUUGCCACCGCAGAUGACUGUUUUAAGCUUAUACUACAGUAGAACUACAGUGUAAGUGUUUUGCUGUUAGACGAAUAAGGGUGAUGAGUCUCUUUCCCCCGGUUCCACGACAGAAAGAUCCGUUAAUUGUCAAAUCACCCUACAGGCCUCGAAGACGUGCAAGCUGCUGUCGCGACCAGUAGACGCGAAGUUGAUUUGACCUCGAUGCUCACGGAGGAGGAGCGCCGGAGCAGGCCAAACAACGCACCCGCGACCGUGGAUCCAUCCACUUUUUACGAACCUGGUGCGCAGUAUCGGUGGCAGGAGGCACAGCGACGCGAACUGGCUGCGAAGCAAGAGGAGGAGGCACGCCAGCGCCUACAGGUACAUAAGUACUUGUAUAAAUGGAAAGAAGCGCAAUACAUAGACAGAGUGGAAAGUAGUUUGGCUCUCAUUGCCGCUCCGUGCUAGACUGCGAGAUUGCAUCCAAGUUUUCCUUUUCGAUUCUCAUUUUGCGCGCUGGGCUUAAUAGUCCCAGCCGAAUCCGCAUGCAAAGAAGCGCGUACGAAAAAAGUUGUAUUUUUCACGUACUAUCUAUUCCUUUCUCGUCUUCUCCUUUAGGCGUCUCAAGCCGCCCCGACCGCGGCAUCCGUGCGCGACCAUGCUGACGAGGCCGUGCGGAAAGCCAUGUUGGAGUCCGCGCAACUGGAGCGCCGCAUGAAUUUUGUGGAUCGGUUCAGUAAGCUGAACCAACCGCAAGACCUGGAGGACGACGAGCUCCUCUCCCAGGCGCUGGAAAAGUCCAAGCGGGAAACGCACGGUCCCGGCGAACCACAACCGACCGGGUCCCCCGCGGCCUCCAGUCUUGCUGCGUCAACCUCUGGGCCAGCCGUGCAGUUCCCGGGGAACAGUGAACACGAGGACGACGUGGACGACGACAUACCGCACUUGGACGGGUCACACACGCGAAUGGUCCCGCCGUCGUCCGCCAAUAGUUCCUGCGCCAACAGCUCGGCCUCGUCGUCAAGCUCGUCCGUACGCGGGUGGAGCAAGCACGGAGGCCGGAAGAGCAAGACGGAUGUGCUGGGGGCAUUGGGAGGGGCAGCGCAGGAGUUUCAUCAAAACCCCGAGAGAAAUAAGGACCACGCCGCGAGCAGUCCCUACAGCGGGUAUUUCCGGGGAAACAUCAGCGAUAUCUCAAGCAAGCACUCCGCGCGAAAAAAAGAGAAGUCGCGUGAGCGGAAAGUGAAGGCCGACAAAUCAGGUACUACAGGAAGCAGCUCCGGGCAAUUCUGUCAUGGUGCGCAGCAGCCGUCGUCUUCAAGAUCUGGACCACCAGGAGAUCGAGAUGGUAGUGCUGACGCCAUCGCGCCGAUCCGAGAUCAGCCCAGCUCGGGCUCCGCGGUGUCCGCAUCAACGAACAGCAGCUCUAGCUCAAAGGAAACAAGCAGCGCACCUUCCGAAGCCUGGCCGCCGCCGCCAGUGGCAGGGCUACAGCUCGUGGAUCACCCACCCGUGGCGGUUUCAUUGCUGGAUAGCAACGGUGAGCCAACGGAAGCAGCGCGGCGGAAACGACGCAAGAAGAAGGUCCAGAUCCUCGCGGAAUCGCCCGGAACAGAUGGUAAGAGCUUCCGCGACGCAUCGUCACUGGGUGCAUCAGGUCGAAGAUCCUCGCUGUCCCGAAGCGGGGCGGUCGAGCCACGUCGUGCAUCUACUGUCUUCGGACGCAUCCAGCAGAGCGUGAUGAGCCUGUUUCGCGGCGGGAGUCGCACAAGGCUUGAAGUCCAUCCGACUUGAAACGGGCAAUUAUGUCUUUCACGUCUCUCGUGUAUGAUCUUGGAAUUGCAGUAGUCUCCCGGAAUGAUUCUAAGUAACACCAACUCGAUGAAGAACAAGAAUGCAUGUUUCAAAUGAAAGGCUUGCUUGUAAGAAU